AUGCCUAAUCCACUGCUUUGCUGUACCAUAACAUUUAAGGUGGACUACGUGAUUAUGCCAAACGAAUCCAGAGAACUUGAACUGUUCUACUUUAACGUGAUCCUCGGGCUUCGCGUAACCCUGGAAGACCAUGGGCCAAGUCGAUGCUCCUUCUCCAUAUGCCGAAUCCCAUUGUUGUCGCUUUCAAGUGUCAAUUUCAUGCAAGUUAGUUUCUUGAAAUUGAGAAAGAGUAAAAUGCAUCGCCUCUGGUUUAUCGGGCCGACUCGGAAACUUGAAAAAUGCAACUUACCACUUUGGCGAGGAUGCGCACUUUCUCCGUUAGAGCGAUCUAUCCUGGCAGCGGGGCAAGAGCCAACGUAUGCAUUCCUUCGCGUUCCAGUGCUCCCAGGAAUAGCGGUCGACAAACCAACCAACGAACGGUUCCUUCUCCUAAAAAUUCCAGUUGCUAUUAUUAGCGCCUCUGCCCGCCGUGGGCGAAAAUGGCUGCUAUAUGUCGCCACAGCUGUCUCAGGGACAUCCGGGUAUUUGCGUCAUGACGGGCGGGACUUACAACUAGAGGGCAUGGAAGAGCCAGUGGUUGAGAAUGAAACGUACGAUUUCGUGGCAGAGGGUGCGCUCCGCAUUGCGGACGCUCAGUGCGGUGACACCAGAACGUCCAUCAAUCCUGAAGAGAGCUGGCACCACAACAGGGACAUGAUUGCCAGCCGGGAUGGCGGGAGAUGCAUCAUUAUGGAGCCUGGAACAGCAGAGCGCAUGGAUGGUUUCUCUCACUGGGGCGAAGCCGUUAGAUGGGCCGCCUGCCAAGCUGCACAUAUUUUGCCCCACAAUAAAGGCUCCCCGUAUAUUGAAGCGAUAAUUCGAGCGAGAGGACUCGACGAGCGCAUCAAGUUCCAAGGUGGUAUAGACAACGAAAAGAACGCCAUGUUCAUCAAUAGACAAAUUCACGCAAAAGGGCUAGCUUACCAAACUUGCGCCUUUUUUUAUGUUCCCAAUGAUUGUAUGACCAUGGAGGAUGUGUUGUAUCCCGAGGACCACCCACCGCCUAUCCUUCCCGAGUCUCUUCAACAUACCCAGCACGCGUAUCUACAGUUUCAGAUGCUGGACACAGAUGCCUACUGGAAUUUUCUGGACUUCAUGAAGGGGAAGCGGUUGUGGUCAAACAAAUUCGUCCGAAUGCCUGACGACCGUUCAAGUUUCCCACCUUUCUUCAUAUGCCAUUUUCACUAUGGGGCGACUGCGCUCCACCUAUGGUUGGAUGAAGGCAGCCGAUCAAUUCUCAAUAGUUUUAACUCCCAGCAAUACUACACCGAGGCGGACAACGAGGUUUCUGCUUCUGGUGGUAGGAAACAGAGAUACCACCAAUCGUCUGUUGGAGAGUCAGCGACGGAUCUUGUCAGUUGGCUUUGGAGAGCUAAUGGAGCUACCAUGGAAGAGGAUGGGGUGGAUGAUGCUCAGACAAUUAUCGACAAAGAGUUUAGAUCUGACAAACGGGAGGCGGUGGAGAAAUGGUGCCAGGAGACAGUUGCUGAGUGAGAGUGAAGAGAUGUUGCAUCAUUACGCCUUGCUCUGGAUUACUGUUGCAGAUACGUGGUAGUUAUGUUCAUUUUCAUAUCAG